AUGUCUGAUAUCAAGCAGCUCGAGUCUGAGGCCAGCUCCCUCCGCCGUGUGGCCCUCGUUGGAGUCGCCGUCUCCUUCACCGCCACCCUCGUGUGCGUGAUUGCCGCCCCGAUGCUCUACAACUACAUGCAGCACAUGCAGUCGGUUAUGCAGUCCGAGGUCGAUUUCUGCCGUUCCCGCUCUGGAAACAUCUGGAGAGAGGUGACCCGCACUCAGGUGCUCGCCAAGGUUUCCGGAGGAGCCGUCCGUUCCCGCCGUCAAGCUGGAUACGAGAGCGCCGGAGUCGAGGGAUCUUUUUCGACCGGACACCAGGGAGGAUGCUGCGGAUGCGGAGUCUCUGCUGCUGGACCACCAGGAGCCCCAGGAUCUGACGGAGAGGAUGGAGCCGAUGGACAGCCAGGAGCCCCAGGAAACGACGGACCAGACGGACCAUCCGCCACCCCUGCCCCACAACACGAUUUCUGCUUCGACUGCCCAGCAGGACCACCAGGACCAGCAGGACCAGCAGGACCGAAGGGACCAAGCGGAAACCCAGGAUCCGACGGACAGCCAGGAGCCCCAGGAAACAACGGAAACGCCGGAGGACCAGGAGCCCCAGGAAACGCUGGAGCCGACGGACACCCAGGAAACGCCGGAGCUUCCGGAGCCCCAGGAAAGGUCGUCGAGGUUCCAGGCCCAGCCGGAGCCCCAGGAGCCCCAGGACCAGACGGACCAGCUGGACCAGCCGGAGGACCAGGAGCCCCAGGACAGCCAGGAUCCGAUGGACCACAAGGACCAGCCGGAGACAACGGAGCCGCCGGAGCCCCAGGACAGCCAGGAGCCAACGGAGACAAUGGAGCCGACGGAGAGAUCGGAGCCCCAGGAGGUUGCGAUCACUGCCCACCACCAAGAACCGCCCCAGGCUAUUAA